UACGUAAACAGGACCUCUUUCGAACUUUCACUUCGCGUCCAUUUCUCCGAUCAUGUCGGUCGUCCGACCGGGUGCGUCCUGAUUGAGUAUGUGGACCUGAGUGUGAUUCUAGCCGUCCUUGUGCCUGCCACGAAGGAACCUGGGAGCGGGGCGAUUCGACGGUCCUCGAAAUCGAUAAUUCGUCAUGGAUUUCGAUGAGACCACAGUGAAAACGCUUCUGGAUCACCCGGACGAUGAGGUCUGUGUAGUGACAUUCGUGUCAAAAGCUCGAGUGGAUGGCUCGUGCACGAACCUCUUCAGUGAUUCGCGCUUCUAUUACGAUGCCGCCAACAGGACCAUCUAUCUGUCGUGUGAAUUGUCCAUCAAGGCGCUUCCUUAUCUACACGUGAGCCACUUGCUCGUUUUCGCGGCGAACACCUGGCAACUUGACGUGCAGUAUCUGCAGUGGUUCCGCCGCUUAGAUGCGGUUCGACUAAAGAACAAGGAGCAAUUGCAGAAAAAAUUCGACCGACCAGCGGGAAGGUAUUGCUCACCGCGCGCCUUAUUCCUGCUACGACCAUGUUUAGACGAUCUCCCAAAUAUCUCAGCGAACAUGGAGGACCUCAUCUACAGGACCCUGCGUCGAAGUCGAAUCGUCACCAACAACUGCGGGAACUCUCUCUUCGCGAUUCCAACCACUCGUACCUUCGUCCAUGUCGGUCACGAGAACUGCCUUCCGUUCAUUGAGGGCCAUACUAGACUUGCGUUCAAGGAAGGGUUCAACGACAACGUGGGCCGGAACGCAGGGGUGGCGUAUUUCAGACGACCCAAACUCCAUAAAUGGGUGACGACAUUCGAGAAAAUGGUCCAUUUUUUCCGGAACGUCAACGAGAUAGAUAUCGACGCGAAGUUUAGUGAGGUCCGAUGUUCGAAGGCUUACCCUGUCGCCUUCCAAGCCUACAAAACGAAUCUCCCCAAAUUCUAUGACGAGUUCGUCCAUCAGGCCCGCAUGGCCUACGCCGUCAAAGUAUUCAAAGCCAAAGCGAAAGGACCGACAGUGCACAAGCUGGUGGAGGAGCUUCGACAAGACUGCGACAGAUACUGGAGGGAUGGACACGAGUCUUGUAAAGAGAAGAGUUUGACUGGAUUCGGCUGCGUGAAACCCAUCCACGAAACCGGGGAACACGAGGCUCGUGUCCACUACUUGUCUGUCUGUAAUUGCGGAAGGUCGCACAUGACCAGACCCGAUCCAUUCAAGCUGAUCGCGGCGAAUUUCGAAUUCUACGAGAUGGCGGACUGCUGUGCUGAGCUCGAGCACUUGGAGUUUGCGUCGGACGAGGAGAGCGAGGCCGACAUGACGUGCACUCAAACUCCUUUCAUCCCGAAAUUCUCAUCAUGGAGCUGUGUUUGCGUCGGACCAUCGUCGCGGUACUCCCAUAAGAGUGGGAUCGUUGACCAGAAGGCUUUCUUCCCAGGCAGUAACUUUCUGUUACCCUGGGACACGAAGUUGGAUUUCCCGAAAGAGAUUUUGGAGGCGAGCGGUGAUACGCGUAAGGGAACAACUAGGGCCGUGAAGAUCUUUAUCGGAUUAGAAUAUGAAUGCCCGGAUGGCAAACGCUUCAUGAUGUCGGCGCCUGACAGUAUUCUCCGAUCGACCUCAUCGGGUCUCGUGAAGGAAACCGCCAACAAAAUCGUGUCUUCUCCGAUGCCGCUCUAUUAUUCGUGUCCCUGCUCUUGUCAGGCCAAUGCUCAACUGAUGCGAAUCCAUGUCGUCACUCCUAAACUCGCCGUAGAUGUGACGUUAGAACCCCGAGUGCAACCGGCCCCUUCUGCCCCUGUAUUCUUCCCAUAUGAAACGGUCACUCUCACCCCGAGCGCAUAUUGGGUGUUGCGCCUACCGUACGUUUAUAAGAACAAAGGAGUCGUGUACAGACCUACGGAGGAUAGCUUUGAUCUGGAAUCGGCGAGACUCUUGGGAGGGUUACUUACUGUGACGCCCGGCACCUCAAUCUGAUUCCGAAGAGAUAGUUGGCUCAAACAACUCGCACAAGGAGCGCAGACUGCGGACUUCCAGCGCUCCAAGCGAUCCGGCCCGUGCUGAUAACGCGGUCUCGGUUCGAUGAGCAUUGUUCUGUGUUAUGUGUAUCGAUGGUUUUCUAGAAAUGAGUCCUGAAUGGAUCCACCUGGUGUGAGAUGCGAGAAUACACUCGUUUCGCUAUCCGA